UACUAGUAGUAUAGGAGUAGGCGGAAAAGGAAGGCCAUGGAAGCGUAAGCGCGAGGAGAGAGCGGAUCAAACAAACGAAACAAAACAAACGCUCGCACCGAACUCGAAUUUCCUCCGCGUUGCCCUCGCCCUCGCCCUCGCCGCCUCGAAUCCUCCCUCGCCGCCGGGGGUAUCCCCCGUUGGCCCGCCUCUCCGAUCCGAGCCUGAUCGGAGGAGUCCCGCGCCGCCGCAGCUGGUGGAUGCGUGCGUGCCGCUAGCUGCAGAUCUCCUCCUCUCCCGGCGACGAGCGUCUAGGCCCGUGUGGUUGUGACUAAGUAUCGGAUCAGCGAUCUUUGAGAAAAAUACAGAGUGAGAAGUCUGAUCGUCUGAGGGUGCAUUUGUGGAGAAUGUCAGAGAGCAAUGUCGACGGCAUCGAAAUAUCAGCUAGUAACGAUGAGAGGAGGGACAGAGGGGACGCUGAGAUUUCGGAGGAUGAGCCAAGGCAGACGAGGAUACGGUCGUUGAAGAAGAAGGCGCUGCAUGCAUCUACGAGGCUGACGCAUUCGCUGAAGAAGAGAGGGAAGAGGAAAGUGGGCUGCAGAGUGCCGAAGAUCACGAUAGAGGAUGUCAGGGACGCGGAGGAGGAGCAGGCUGUCAGCUCUUUUCGAGAGGUUUUGUUUGCCAGGGACAUGCUGCCUGAGAGGCAUGACGAUUAUCACACGAUGCUUAGAUUCUUGAAAGCUAGGAAAUUUGAUGUUGAAAAGGCAGCACAUAUGUGGGCUGACAUGCUGCACUGGAGGAAGGAUUUCGGGACUGACACAAUUUUGGAAGAUUUUGAAUUUCAUGAGCUAGAGGAGGUGCUGCAGUAUUAUCCCCAUGGUUAUCAUGGUGUUGACAAGGAAGGAAGGCCCGUCUAUAUCGAGUUGCUUGGGAAAGUUGAACCCAGUAAGCUUGUACAAAUUACAACAGUGGAACGCUAUAUUAAAUAUCAUGUACAGGAAUUUGAGAGAGCAUUCCGAGAGAAGUUUCCUGCAUGCUCAAUUGCUGCUAAAAAGCAUAUUGAUACGACAACUACAAUACUGGAUGUCCACGGUGUGGGUUGGAAGAACUUUAGCAAGAUCGCAAGGGAUUUGGUGCGCUGUAUGCAGAAAAUAGAUGGUGAUUAUUAUCCUGAGACACUACAUCAAAUGUUCAUUGUAAAUGCGGGGCCUGGUUUUAAACUGAUCUGGAGUACUGUGAAGGGACUUCUUGACCCCAAAACCUCGUCUAAAAUCCAUGUUCUAGGAACAAAAUACCAACACAGACUUCUUGAAGCUAUUGACUCAAGCCAACUACCAGAGUUUCUUGGUGGUUCUUGCACGUGCUCUAGCCAGGGAGGAUGCCUGCGAUCCAACAAAGGCCCCUGGAGUGAUCCUUUAAUUAUGAAGCUUGUACAUUGCAUGGAAUCAUCUGCGUUGAAGGACAUUGGCCAAGUAUCUGAUAUAGAAGAAGCAAUUACAGGCUCUGUAAGAUUGCGUGCUCUCAAGUUACCAGAAAGAAUUAGUUAUACAUCAAAUGCUGAAUCUGGUUCAGAUGUUGAUGAUCUUGGAUCUCCUAUAGGACAGGAAGAUUUUGAGUAUCAUAGUUUGGCUCCAGUUCAUGAGGAGGCCAGGGAGUCAGGAUCAACAUGCAGUGGUUCUGAUGAUAAAGUUGUUGAGACGAAUACAAGAUACAACCCUCCUGGAAAUGGAUCGGGACAGUACAGCGCAAGACAAAAUCCCUCAAUAAACAGAGUUUCGCCUGAGCCAGCAGGUCACGUCCCAAAUGAUGGUGAAGGAAAUGCAGAUCAUGGGAUCUUGAAAUAUAUUUCUAAAAAAGUUCUCGGUGUAAUUCUUGAAGUACUCUCUUUUUUGCGUAUUUUCAUCCGUCAUCGACAACAGUUGGAAAAUGUCCCCCAGCAUACUACAACAGUGCACAGUAAUCAGGCAGAUCUUCAGAUAAUUAAGGAAGAUCGUGUAAAUCCUUGUCUAGAGCGUCUUGAAAGACUUGAGACAAUGUUUAAUCAGCUCAGCAGAAAGCCUCCAGAGAUUCCACAGGAUAAGGAUCGUGCUAUACAGGAUUCUUUUGACAGGAUAAAGUGCAUUGAAUUUGAUCUGGAGAAGACAAAGAAGGUAUUGCAUGCAACAGUGAUUAGACAAAUGCAGAUGGCUGAGACAUUGGAAGCUGUAAAGGAGUCCGAUCUUAGGAGAAGAAAAUUUUGUACAUAAUAAACUUAGCAGCAAUGUACAGGAACAAGAAAAGAAGAGUCGACGACUUACUAAUGCCGGCAUUCCAACAUAAAACUAAACUUCAUUGCUUUGUACAUGGUUACCCUUUUCUCACUUUUUUUUUGGUCUAUCAAAAAACCGAGCAAAUCUUACUCUGAAUAAGUACAGAGUGGUGACCCGAGGCAAACUGAGAAGAUAGUCAAGAAAGACCGUGCUGGAAGUCACUUAACAUAGUCCAGCUUAUAAUAGUCCAAAAGGGAUAUUCUAAAAGAGCCAAUGCACAGCUUAUUUAUGUUCCAUCGAGCCUCCUGAUCUGCUGUAUGCAUCUCAUCAAUGCCUUGUGCAUUUUUCAUUUUCAGAACAGUUUGAGGCAAUGGGCCGGAAUUCAUAGUUCUUCAUACCCUUUUUUUGGUUGAUAUGGUCAAUACAUGAUCAGGUUUUUCAUUGCUUUGCCUCCCUUCAAAUGUAAAGUGUAAAUAUAUGACUGCACUGCUUGCUGCUGCAAGAUACUUAUACCAGAUUGACAUGGUGAAACGGCCAAUAAAUGCCAAAAUUUACCGUUCUUUUA